AUGGGUUAUAUGGAUGGGAAAUGGGCACCUGUAAUCAUGAUGAUAGUUGUUAACUCAACUUUGGGAAUUGUUAAUGCGCUGCUCAAAUAUGUUCUUGAUGGAGGUAUUGAUCAUAUGGUAAUAGCUACUUAUCGUUUAGCUCUCUCUACCGUUUCCCUCGUUCCAAUCGCAUUUUUCUUAGAAAGGAAAACGAGGCCGAAGAUGACACUAGGCAUCUUGUGUCAACUAUUCUCCUGUGCUCUUUUAGGAUCUAGUCUAACCCAAUAUUUCAUCUUGCUUGGACUUGGACGCACUUCUGCUUCAAUGACAUCUGCAUUCUGGAGCAUUUUGCCUGCGUUUACAUUUGUCAUGUCUUUGUUAUGUCGAAUUGAAAAAUUAAACAAAAAAACCAAGGGAGCAUACGGCAUAGUAUUUGGUACACUGGCAUGUGUCGGAGGAGCAUUGUUGUUAACAUUUUACAAAGGAGUAUCGUUGACCGGCUCUGAAACAGGGUCAACGGUUUCAAACAAUAGAACAAAGGAACAUACGAAACAUAACUCAUCAGAAAAUUUCAUGUUAGGAUCCCUACUUCUGCUAAUAGGUGUUAGUUUCUAUAGUUGUUGGAUGCUUAUUCAAGCUAAGAUCAACGUAAAGUACCCUUCUCAAUAUUCAAGCACCGUUAUUAUAUUGUUUUUCGGUACGAUCCAAGCCGCUCUUCUUAGCUUAAUCAACUCUCGAAAUCUAAGCGAUUGGGCUAUCAAAAACAAAAUCAACGUCAUUAUCAUUGUUCUCACGGGUGUGAUCGGACAAGGACUAUGUACAGUUGGAGUGAUAUGGUGCAUCAGAAAACAAGGACCGUUCGUCACUUCGAUUUUUACUCCUCUCAUGCUUAUGUCAUCCACCUUAUUUGAUUAUUUGGUUUUCCGUACACCAAUCUAUUUGGGAAGAGAACGAAUGCCCAGUUAA